AUGUCGUUGGUUCUCAACAAGAUAAACAAACAAACGAAAAAGGCCAAACUCGAUAAGCAAUGUCCCUUUUUCUCAAGAACUGGUCAGUCACAUUUCAAAAUUUGCGGCAAGCCUACAAAUCGCUCGCUACUAGGUCUAUGUAAUAGGGGGAAGUCGUGUCGAUAUCAACAUGAUCCAGAAAAGGUCGCCAUAUGUCCUCGGUUCCUUACUGGUGAUUGCCCCUCGUCGGCGGAAAACUGUCUGCUCUCUCAUUCACCGACUCUCAACCGUGUUCCGCCUUGCGUACACUUUCAGAACAAUGGACGUUGCAAGAAUGGAGACAAGUGUGUCUAUCCCCACGUACGAGUCGGCGUCAAGCAUUCAGUGUGCCGAGACUUUGCAGUUCUGGGAUACUGCGAAAAGGGAAUCGAUUGCGAGGAAGCGCAUGUUAGAGAAUGCCCAGACUUUGCAGAAACGGGCACGUGCAAGAAUCCGCGGUGCAAACUACCUCAUGUCAUUCGUGCAAACCGCAAGAAGGCAGUGGCCCCUGAUCCACCAAAGGCUGUCGAUUCCAGUACCUCUAAUGAAACAUCUACUGACUCCCAGCAGCUUCCUGUCAAUGGUGUUGACUUUACCUUUGAAGGUGGCGACGAAUACAUUCCUCUGACGUUUGUUGAGAGCGACGAGGAAGAGGAAGAUGGCGAAGGCGAAGAAUCUGAAGAUGAAGAGGUGGACGACGAGGCCGUUGAUGACGGCCAAGUCGAGGACGAAUCCGACAUGAAAGUAUUCGCGUAG